ACCACGUUGAGAGCUGUGGGGAAAACUACUUUACGGCAGCUGGCAGCAUGGCGGCCGCGGAGCAGGACGACUCCGAAAAGGUAAAAAAGAUUUUUCCGACGGUGUCCAGCUCCAGUCCACCGCCUGCGCCAGAAGGUCCGACUUUGGAGCAGAAGCCGGUCGUACAGUGUCUGAUUCCGGCCUUUUCCGAUGCCUGUAACCUGGUAGACGCGCCUUACUCUUGCCUGGUUGUGGACACUCACCGGAGGCACAUCGCUCUUGCCCCGGUGUAUCUAAGUAAGAAAAGGACGGGAAUCCAGGAUCAGCUUAACACCGAACUUCUGAAAUAUUCAGAAAGUUUAAAAGGUGUUCCUCUCGCCUAUGACAACAUUAAAGUUGUGGGAGAACAUGGACAUAUCUAUGAUGAUCAAGGAUAUAUCCAUAUGAACAUAGAAGCGUCCUUCGUUAUCUUCCAGCCUAAAAAAGGACAAAAACUUGUGGGGGUUAUAAACAAGGUGGGAGUCAAUCACGUGGGCUGCCUGGUACACGGCUGUUUCAACGCCUCGAUCCCGAAGCCUGCCCUGAUGCCCCUGGAGAGCUGGCAGGGGCUGGGGCUCAGCGUCGGCGACAGCCUGGAAUUCGAAGUCUUCCAGUUGGAUGCAGACGUGGCCGGAGUUCUGCUCAUCAGGGGGAGCCUUGGGAAAAACAAGGUCCACAGCCUGCUCGGAGCACCGCAGGGAGAAGCGGCCGCGGAAGAGGACAUCGUGGAUGGAGAGCGGGAUGCGGAAGAGGUGAAGGUUAAGAAGAAGAAAAAGAAGGACAGGCGGAAGGGGGAGGAGGCCGCGGAGGCCGUGAACGGACACGAUUCGGAGAGCUCCGGGAGGAAGAGGAGGAGGAAGCACAGGGAGGAGCGCGCGGCGGACGAGGAGCCCGAGCAGGCGUGCCCGCGGGAGGAGCGCGGCGAUGGCGACGGACGCGCCAGGCGGAGAAGGGAGAAGUCUGGCGGCGACGAGAUGACGGACGGGGGCUUUAACCCGCCCAGCGCCAAAAAGAAGCGGCGUGCGUGAGGGGGCGGGGGGGGGUGGGAGGUACGUGCCCUUGCCACGCUGAAGCCAGCACCUGUGUGAGGAGAGACGUACAACACCAAGCACAGAGUGGAGGAGGCACAAACACGGCAGCGCUGUGCAGCUGGGGUGCUCGGCCGUCCGCAGAAGGAGGGCUCUUGACGCACGGGGGGGCCGUGCUGCUGUGGUGGAACUGGCCAGUCCGCUAGGCACUGCCGGGGAGGCUCGAGGAAGCCUUGCGGGUCUGUACAGGUGCUUCCUGUCUUGGCAGGUGAGGGUGAAGCCCUGCCUUAUUACUAGGUGGUACCGGGGGAAGUAUCUUUUUAAAUCCUCCUGUGUAGGCCGAGGUGAUGAGGAUCGCAGUGUGAGCUGCCGGCGAGGACGUCUCCUUGCCUGUAGGUCCUCUAACUCUCCACCAGGGCGCAGCAGAUGUUUCCGAGUGCAGUUGUCAUCAGAAGGUUUCCAUUGCUCCCUGGCUGCCUGCCUGCUCUCCAUCUGCACACAGAGCUGGUCAGCUCUGUCCCAGCUUGUAAUGCACUGGGGGAGCCAGGCCAUUUCCACAUGGACACUUGAUUACAGCACCAAAUUAGCGAACGCAAAUAAAUAAAUAAUAGCCAAUUGCUGCUAUUUUACUGUCAGUGAAAGAAAAUAGCAAAGUGAGGAAAUACCUCUUGUAUAAACAAGUUUAAAAGUGUUUACACUCUGUCAUCUUUCCAAAGCUUGACAAAACUGACAGUCCUCUAAAGUUAUUUAAACAAAGGAGUUUGCAGUUUAAUGCUUUCCUGUGUUCCCCGUCCAGAAAGUUCAUAUUGAAAACUGCCCGAAGGAAGAACGUGCUUUUCUCCUGCUCUAUGGUCUGGGCUUGUGUGCUUGACAGGAAGAAUGACUGACUGACGAAUGAAAUUACUUCUUUGUGUCUCCUAGAUCUGUUUUGUCAAAAUAAACCGGGCUUGUAAACUAAAUAUUAUAUUUUCGGUCAUGCGGUCUUUGAAGUGUGCCAGACCUUUACAUGUGCUAAUUAAUUCCUUGUAGUUGUUUUUCAAAUGGGUCCUUGUGUAUAGAAGUAAAAAAUAGUGCUUCAUGAGUUCAGCCAGGACACCAGAGUUGGCAAUCAUACUUUUUCAGACUGCCCUGUGAUCUUUAAUGGCAAGAGUGUUCUGUCUGUGGAAGAUGCAUUUUUUUUUAUUAAUGGGGAAAGAAAGACAUUUUAUAAAUGGUCAAGACCGACCCAGCCUCUUCAGCAUGCUGUGGAUAAGAAUUCCAGCAGAUCACUCUUAGGAUCUUAGGAUACUUCAUUAUUAAAUUGGAGAGACUAGUCUGUUAUGUUUCUUUCCAGUUCAGCCCGAUGAGGUCUGAAGCCAUCUUUAAUAGACAAUAAAUGGCUUUGAUCUUUC